UUUGUCCAGCAACAAGUAUGACGGUGAUUCCAAUUCUUGAUUCCCAAACUCUCUUACCAAGCGGCCCUAGUAGAACAAAGGAAUCACAGGCAUAAACAUGAAGGACUCGUGAAAGUAAAGUACGGGGAUUAAUCAUUAAAGUGCUAGUAGUAGUACGACUAAAGAGAAUGAAGUGUAACAGGAGGCACGGCUUCUUUCUUAUCCAUCUGUCUGGAUUUAUUCUCAGUUAAAGAGGCUUCCGGUGGUGGACAUCGAGCCACCAACGAGUUCUCAACUCCAGAGUUUGAAGACCAGGAAAGACAGGGUGCAUUGAAGAUGACCAUGCCCGCAACGGCUUCUUCUCCACGCAUCGUAGUUGUGCAUGGAAGCACUGCAUACACUACCACCGCCGCAAAAGGGAACAACGAUUCCUCCAGGAAGCACCGCGUCGUCAACAUAUCAUCUCCUUUUUUCUCAUUUGCUGUUGAUUAUUCGCGUAAUUCGAGGGGACCGCACCCGCACCGGCUUAUUGGAUUUCGAUUACACUGUUCCGAUUCGGGAAAUUCAUCAUCAUCUUCUCCCUCUUCAAGUUCAACUCCUAACCCCCCGGCUCGGGGCUUUGGUCCAAAACCCAGUCCUCCAUUGUCUACUACUAGUAAGGAUAAGAAACCAACGAGAAUGAGAAUGGAUGACAGCAAGAGUUCGGUGCCACCAAUAAGGAAAUCAUCCUCUAAUCGCUCCAACAACAUUCCUAAUCAGGCACCGCUUUUGAGUUCUCAAAGUGAUGGAAGAUCAGGGAAUAUUCCCAUGGACUUUCAGUUUGAGGAACGGCUAGAAGCAGUUAAAAGUUUUAGGUCAGCACUCCAGCAAAAACAGGCAGAAGAAGAGGAACAAUAUGGAGCAAUUGAUUACGAGACUCCAACUGUGCCCACAAGUAAUGCUGUUGGACUGGGUACUAAGAUUGGAGCUGCAGUCACAGCCUUGAUCUUUGGACUUGUUUUUGCUUUUGGGGACUUUCUUCCCUCUGAAAAAAUUACUCCGACCGAAGAAGCCACCACUGUUGUUGAAAAAUUUUCAGCUAAAGAGAGAGAAAGUCUAAAGAAGAGGCUGCAGCAAUUUGAGCAGACGCUGAGCAUCUCCCAAGACAAUCCCAUUGCUCUUGAAGGGGCUGCAGUAACACUAGCUGAAUUAGGAGAGUAUGAUCGAGCUGCCUCACUCCUUGAGGAUUUGACGAAGAAGAAACCAAGUGAUCCUGAUGUUUUCCGAUUGCUAGGAGAAGUUAAAUAUGAACUCAAGGAUUAUGAAGGAAGUGCCAGGGCCUAUAGAAAUUCGGCAAUGGUGUCAAAAACUAUUGACUUUGAAGUAACUCGUGGUCUUACAAAUGCACUGCUCGCUGCCAAGAAACCUGGCGAGGCUGUCCAAAUGCUUCUUCCAAUUCGUGAGAUGCUGAAUAAUGAGAAAAAUGUUCACAAUAAUUUUGAGGCAGAGAGCAGCAUAGUGGAGAAAAGCUCUCAAUUGGAUCCCAUUCAAGUAGACCUACUUCUUGGAAAAGCCUACUCAGAUUGGGGGCAUGUCAGUGAUGCUGUAGCUGUUUAUGAUCAAAUUAUUUCUAGCCAUCCUGAUGAUUUUAGAGGUUACUUAGCAAAGGGUAUCAUCUUGAAGGAAAAUGGUAAUGCCGGUGGUUCAGAAAGGAUGUUCAUGCAAGCUCGGUUCUUCGCUCCAGAGAAAGCCAAAGCACUGGUGGACAAAUACUCAAGAUGACAUCUGCUUCUGCCUUCUUGUUGGUUUAACUGUGAUUUGCUUGGGCGGAGGGACAGGCACGUAUCUUGCUGUAUAAACAUGUACUGCUUUUGGGAGGUACUAUUACUGUCUGGAAAAUGCUUUCUCAAUUGCACAUGCUAUGAGCGCAAUCCAAUCCAGUCCGGGCGGCAUUUUACGAAUUUGCCUUUACGAUCGCACAUGCUGCCUGCCAUUACUAUUUACUACUCGUGGUGAGAUUAGCCGUUUGGGACUGCCAUUAUCUGCUGCAGUAUUGGUUUUGUUUUAGGUGUGUGAUUAGUACACAAGUACAAUGGCGUGCGCACGGAGCCCAGCCGGCAUAAAUGUUACGAGGGAUCGCAAAUCAUCACUGUACUGUAUUGUAUUGUGAGGACAAGGCCAUGGAGCUGCCAACGGCAGUCAAAGAGUAAUAGAGCGAGUAGUUUUCCCUAAAAAACUGCUGAUGCGGAAGUGCGCUGACUUGGCUCAGUGCAGCCCAGCACAUGAUGUCACGUGGGCAUGGUUAUAAUUAUUGAACAAGUAAAAGCAUCAAACUUGUAGCAUUGUAGAGAAUUAAUUUGUGUUUUAAUAUUCAUCACGUUAUUCAAUUA